AUGUUGUCGAUUCUUCCUCUGGGCCUCGCCCUCCUCGGUGCCUCGACAGUCCUCGCCCAGACUCCUCCCAGUUGUUCCCUGACCAAGAAGUGCCCUGAAGAUGCCCCCUGCUGCUCCCAAUAUGGCCAGUGUGGUACCGGUGCCUUCUGCCUCGGCGGCUGCGAUCCUCGAAUGUCCUUCUCCCUCGACGCCUGCGUACCUGCACCCGUUUGCAAGGAUAAGAAGAUGCCCAUGGACUCCAUGGACGGCAUCAUGGACAUCAGCAAAUACCUCGGCGACCCGAGCAAGGCCGACUGGGUUUCCCAGGGCGAGCCUGCUCUGCGCAACGGCGCCGUUCUCCUGACCAUGCCCGCCAAGAGUGUCGGCACCGUCCUCGCCUCCACCACCUACCUCUGGUACGGCAGCGUCAAGGCUAGCAUCAAGACCUCCCGCGGUCCCGGUGUCGUGACUGCUUUCAUCCUGUACGGAGACGUCAAGGACGAAAUCGACUACGAAUGGGUCGGUGCCGACCUGGAGAUGUCACAGACCAACUACUACUUCCAGGGUAUCCCCAAGUACGACCAAUCCGGCAACAUCUCUCUGUCCAACACCUUCAAUAACUGGCACACGUACGAGAUCCAGUGGACCCCCGAUGAAAUCAAGUGGCUCGUCGACGGUCAGGUUGGCCGCACCAAGAAGCGCGCCGACACCUGGAACGCGACUGCCCAGCAGUGGGACUACCCCCAAACGCCCGCUCGUGUUCAGCUGUCCAUCUGGCCCGGUGGUGCCGACACCAACGCCAAGGGAACCAUCGACUGGGCCGGUGGCCCCAUCGACUGGGAUCACCAGGAUAUCAAGAACGCCGGAUACUUCUACGCCCAGGUCAAGGACGUCGAGAUCAACUGCCUCAACGCCAAGAGCUCACCUGGCACCAGCAACAAGAAGAGCUACUACUACAACGACGCCAAGGCGACCAACGACACUGUCGUGGACAGCGACAAGGACACCGUCCUGAAGAGCUUCCUCGGUACCGGUCUCGACAUGAAUGCGGGCGCUUCAUCGGCCUCUGGCACGGCGGCCAAGCCCACCGCGUCGGCAGCCACGAUCCCCGGCGGCAGCAACUCUGGCCCGGGUGCUGACCCCGGCCAGAGCAGCAGUGGCUCUGGUUCCGAUUCCGGGUCCGGAUCCGGAUCCGGAUCUGGGUCGUCGGGUGACUCCGGCUCCUCCUCCGGCUCUGGCGACAGCUGCGGCAGCAACAGUUUCUCACAAGACUGCAACAGCGGCAGCAGUGGAAGUGGCAGCGGCACCUCGUUUGGAGUCCGCCACGAGUCCAUGGCUGGCGCCAGCGCUUUUGCCGCGCUUAUUGCUGCGGCUGCUGCUUUCUGGGUCUAA